AUGUCAGUGUGUAUCUUGACCGGAGCAUCAACAGGAAUUGGUAAUGCAAUUGCUAAGAUUUACUUGAGUAAAGAAGGAACUAAGCUUAUUGCUGUAGCUAGAUCUCAAGGUCCUUUGGAGGAAUUGGUUAAAGAAUUUGGUGAAGAAAGAGUAGGCAUAGUUGUUGGAGAUAUAGCCAAAACCGAAACCACGGAAAAAUGUAUUGAUUUAGCUAUUAGUAAAUUUGGUAAAAUUGAUUCUGUAAUUGCUAAUGCUGGAGUUUUAGAACCUGUUACUAGUGUUGAAGAUUUAGAUAUCAAUGCUUGGAAAAAAGCUUUCGAUAUUAAUUUCUUCUCAGUUGUUGAAUUAGCUAAAUUAUCUUUACCUCAUUUAAGACAAUCUAAAGGUAGAUUUGUCUCAGUUUCAUCAGGUGCUUCAAUUGGUGCAACCAAAGGUUGGGGAUGUUAUGGAUCUUCCAAAGCUGCUUUGAAUCAUUUAAUGUUAACCUUAGCUGAUGACGAACCAGAAAUUCAAACUAUUUCUGUAGCUCCAGGAGUUGUAGAUACUUCAAUGCAAGACAAUAUCAGAGGUAAAUAUAAAGACCAAAUGAAAGCAGCUCAUAAAAGAUUUAUUGAUUUGAAAAACGAUAACAAAUUAUUAACUCCUGAUGUUCCUGCUACUAUCUACGUCAAUUUAGUAUUAAAAGGUUGGGAUUCUGCCAUCAAUGGUAAAUAUUUACGUUAUAGUGAUGAAGCUUUAAAAGACUAUGCUCACUGA